AGAUACACAUUCUCCUCACCACCACUCAGCUCCAUCAACACAACAAUAGUCACUCGUUCACGAUAAUCUAUCAAGUCAUUCGUUCGAAUCCUUACUCUUCAUACCCAACAUCAUCCUACUUGCCAAAAUGCAGUUCUCUACUUUCGUCCUCGCCGCCCUAUCCGUGGGCUCUGCUAUUGCUGGCCCUGUCGCUGGCUUCGUGCCCUUCAACAACGCUGCUUCUAAGGUUGCUGAAGUCAAGGUCCUUGUCCAGCAGGAAGCUGCCAACAUCAACUCUGCCACCAGCGGCUCUCCCAAUGCCAAGACUGUUGCCGAUGUUCAGAAGUCCCUUCUGACUAUUGGCCGCGGUAUGAACGGCCUUAUCGACCCUGUCAACGCUCUCGCCAGCGUUGGCCCUACUUCUCUCACCAAGGAGCAGAUUGCCGCUGUCCCCCAGUUCCAGAAGGACUUCCAGACCAUCUUCGUCAACCUUGAGGGGAUUGGCAAGAGAAUCUCCAACAGCAACCUUGACAAGGCUGCCAUCUCCCAAGUCAAGCCCGAGCUCCAGUGGGUUCUCUCUUCGCCCGCUACCAUCUCUCGACCUGUCAUUGCCUUUGUAGAUGCUGCUGCCCCCAAGUACGCUACCUACAGCUACUGGUACCCUUCUCUCAUCAACAUUGAGGCUCUCAUUGUUGUUUUCCUCGGUCCCAUUGCUAUCGGCCUUGGUAUCGGCAUCAGCAUCUUGUAAAUAAUGCAACGACUUAGUUUAAUUCUUACGUGAGCUUGGAAAGGAGGAGUAGUUUGGAGGAUUUUGAUGCGAUACAGAUAU